UUGUCAUUCGUCAACCACAAUCAGCAGCGAAAUGUGUACCACAUUUUGGUUUUGCUUUUACGCGUCCCUAAUCUCGGUCAUAGCCUACUCGAUCAACCGAAAUGUAGAUUUUCCGAAAAACAAUUGCGAUUUGUAUUUUACAUAUGGAAAUGUGAACUUGGGUAGCACCUUCAUAGGAAUUUUUACGGCCCACAGGACCGACCUCAAUGAAUUCUACUGGGAGGCAACCUUCACGGCUCACGGCGCUAACGUGGAUCAAGUUGAUAAUCUCUAUCCGUAUCCCACCGAAGAAGAGUUUUAUGACAAAGUCAGAAAACGAGAACCCGCUCAGAUGUACGUGACCUUUGGGAACAUUACGAACGAGUUGCCCAUGCUGACUGGUCUUAAGCUCAAUGGAGAUACGCUGUGCAAAAACCAGAAGUAUCCACCACCCUCCACCACAACCCGCGUUGCCCGCAGAGUGACUGCCGAUCAAAUACGUACAGGGUGGACAUUUAGGAAAAAUAAUUAAGUGCAGAUAACUUAAAUAAAAUCACAUUUUUGUCGCUGCGCAUAAAAAUCCGACACAAAAAUAAAUACUUCGAGAAUAUAACUUAUUGGAUACGUAUAGACUAGGAAUCCUAUAGAGUUUUGGUUUUUUUUGCUGGUACUUUAAUCUUUGGAUCAACAAUACAAUCUGUGUGAGAUAACCUCUCAAAAAUGUCAUUCUUAUUGAAGGUGGAACAGUGUUCCGGGAAUUUGCAGCGAUAAAAAUAAUGUGCAUGCAUUAUAUGUGUUAUCAGUUAAGCACGGAAAGAGUGAGUCAGCUUAUACAAUAAAGCGAAACUUAUCAA